UCAUUUUACCGAAGUUUUGGGUUUAAAAACGAGUUUCGUUGUUAGCGUAAUUUGUUACAGAAGCCUAGAAAUUUCGGACUUGCGAUAUUAAAAUCUUACUACUUGUAACUUAUAAUUUCAACUAAAAUUUAAAUAUUUUCAUAGAAAAUAUUAUUUCUCUUUUUUUAAAAUUUCCCAUCGAUCGAUAAAAAAUGUCAACUAGCCAAAAACAUCGCGAGUUUGCAGGAGAACCAAUGCGAGAUAAACCUGUCGAAGAUUUAGCUGGUAUUGGACCAGUAUUAGCUGCUAGACUAAAAGAACAAGGAUUUACUAAAGCAUACAAUGUUUUGGGUCAAUUUCUACUUUUACAAAUGGAUCAAGAAUUAUUUUGUGAUUGGUUAAAAGAUAUAAUAAAGGCAAAUUCGAAACAAUCUAAAGAUUGUCAUGCCUGUCUUAAGGCUUGGUGUGAUGAAUUUCUUUAGUUUUACAAUAUUCAAUAAAUUAAGGAAUUAUGUAAAAU